UCCCAUUUCCUGUAUCCAAUCCCAGCGAAAAUAUAAAAGAAUACAAACAAGAGUGCGCUCACUGAGCAGUGGCCUGGGGGCCUUGAGCAAGGCAGCUUUCCGGAGCCUCAGGGGCUGGAUGGAGGAGCAGGAAUGUGACAAGUGCUGCUGCGCUGGGAGAGCAGAGCACGUCUGGCGUGUGUCUCUGGAAUGAUCACGAAAAUGCAUGGAAGCUGGAAGUGAAGAUCCGGACUGUCCAGGGCGAGGAGACAGGGCGCAGCCGUGCGCACACCCCCGAGGGAGGACCUGGUGCAGACGGAGUCGGCUUACACACCCUGAGCUCCCAGGCCCGCCCUGGAAUGGCCGUGAACUUGUUUUUCCACGUCAUUUGCUCUCAAAUGUACUAUGGAGCUGGGCGACGUUCCCCGGCGGCUCAGGUCCUUCCUUGUAACAAGCGAUUGUGUGUUCUUUCGAGGUGGCCACGGGGAGGAGGGGGCCUGGGCCCGAGGAGGUGGGGAAAGGCAAACAAACCCUUCUUUAAGUGAGCGUGCGUGUCCUGCAGCCAGGCCCCCCCAACGCACAUGCCAUUUCUGGCCCUUGAAGGGGUUAAAGGCCUCCCGGAGUCAAAAACAAGCAGGUGUCCCACCGUGCCAGAUACGCUGCCUAAACUGCUUCCAGCUUCCCCCCUUCUGCAAUAAGUCUGGGCUCAGCCACAGGACAGAGGCGCCGCGGCCCGCCAGUGACAGGCGUCAGGGUAGCUGGCUCCCACUCGGGUGGCGCGCCCAGGAUAUAAAUCCAGGCUCGGGGCCCUGCGGUGGCUCGGUCCCCUCACCCCGAGGAGGCCGGGCUGCCUUCUCCAGGCCUUUCUUUCCUCUGGAGCCGCUCUGCCCAGCAGGCUGCGCUUGGAGGAGCCUUGGCCGCUGCAGCAGCCUUCGAGGGGAGACCUGUGGGUUGGGAGGGCAGGUGUCGGGCCUGAGGAGGAGAAGGUGCCAGUGGGUCACAGCCCCUGGCGUCCUCUCAGGGGAGGUCUCCGGCCACCACUGACCUGACCAUGUGGGCCCUGGGGAUCCACCCAUCCUGGUCCCACAGGGGGCUGCUGCUCCUGCUGCUGCUGCUUGGGGUGGCCCUGACAGGCCUGGCACUGCCACCCAUCCGAUAUUCCCACGCGGGCAUCUGCCCCAACGACAUGAACCCCAACCUCUGGGUGGAUGCGCAGAGCACCUGCAAGCGGGAGUGCGAGGCGGACCAGGAGUGUGAGUCCUACGAGAAGUGCUGCCCCAACGUGUGCGGGACCCGGAGCUGCGUGGCGGCUCGCUACAUGGAUGUGCGGGGCAAGAAGGGCCCGGUGGGCAUGCCCAAGGAGGCCACAUGCGACCACUUCAUGUGCCUGCAGCAGGGCUCGGAGUGCGACAUCUGGGAUGGGCAGCCCGUGUGCAAGUGCAAAGAGCGCUGUGAGAAGGAGCCCAGCUUCACCUGCGCCUCCGACGGCCUCACAUACUACAACCGCUGCUACAUGGACGCCGAGGCCUGCUCCAAAGGCAUCACGCUGGCCGUCGUCACCUGUCGCUACCACUUCACCUGGCCCAAUACCAGCCCGCCGCCCCCCGAGACCACAGUGCACCCCACCACGGCCUCCCCAGAGACCCCCGGGCAGGACCUGGCAGCGCCCGCCCUGAUCCACCACCCGGCACACCAGUCGGUGACUGUGGGUGAGACGGUGAGCUUCCUGUGCGACGUGGCAGGCCGGCCACGGCCUGAGAUCACCUGGGAGAAGCAGCUGGAGGACCGGGAGAACGUGAUCAUGCGGCCCAACCACGUGCGCGGCAACGUGGUGGUCACUAACAUCGCGCAGCUGGUCAUCUACAACGCGCGGCCCCAGGACUCCGGCAUCUACACCUGCACGGCCCGCAAUGCCGCCGGGGUCCUGCGUGCUGACUUCCCGCUGUCGGUGGUCAGGGGGGGCCUGGCAGAGACCCCCUCCCAGAGCAGCCCCAACGGCACAGCGUUCCCGGCGGCUGAGUGCCUGAAGCCCCCCGACAGCGAGGACUGCGGCGAGGAGCAGACCCGCUGGCACUUCGAUGCCCAGGCCAACAACUGCCUCACCUUCACCUUUGGCCACUGCCACCGCAACCUGAACCACUUCGAGACCUACGAGGCGUGCGUGCUGGCCUGCAUGCGAGGGCCUCUGGCCGUGUGCAGCCUCCCAGCCCUGCAGGGGCCCUGCAAGGCCUACUCGCCACGCUGGGCCUACAACAGCCAGACGGCCCAGUGCCAGUCCUUCGUGUACGGGGGCUGUGAGGGCAAUGGCAACAACUUCGAGACCCGCGAGGCCUGCGAGGAGUCCUGCCCCUUCCCCCGGGGCAACCAGCACUGUCCAGCCUGCAAGCCGAGGCAGAAGCUCGUGACCAGCUUCUGCCGCAGUGACUUCGUCAUCCUGGGCCGGGUCUCCGAGCUGACGGAGGAGGCCGACACAGGCCGCGCCCUGGUGACCGUGGACGAGGUCCUCAAGGACGAGAAGAUGGGCCUCAAGUUCCUUGGCCGGGAGCCACUGGAGGUCACCAUGCUGCAGGUCGACUGGGCCUGCCCGUGCCCCAACGUGACGGUGGGCGAGGCACCGCUCAUCAUCAUGGGGCAGGUGGAGGGUGGCAUGGCCAUGCUGCGGCCUGACAGCUUCGUGGGCGUGUCGAGCGCCCGGCGGGUCAGGAAGCUCCGUGAGGUCUUGCACAAGAAGACCUGUGACGUCCUCAAGGAGUUCCCAGGCCUGCACUGAAGCCACCACCCGCCCAGCCCUCCUCAGCUUCCCACCCCUUGGCCUGGCCCCUCAGGCCACAAACCGGGCAAGAUCAGAGGAGACAGUCACAGGCCACGGGCCCGCCAGUCCACGGGGCAGGGGAAAGCCACCGAAGGGGGUGCUGAGAGCCAUCUCUAGUCUUUGGGGUCAGUAAGGGGUCCGUGUUUCUUUCUUAGCUGAGGGGGACAAAGGAGAAGUCACUAGACACCUGAGGGUUAUUCCUGAUGACCAGGCCAUCAAUUCCCCGGCUCCCCAGCCUGGGCUCAAGAGCGGCUGGCAGGUAGCUAGUUGAGAGACUUGGCUUGCAGAGGGGACACAGGGGUUACACGUGCCCCACAAACCUCCCAGCCACCACGAGCAGGGCCCACCGUGUGGAGGGUCGUGGGCAGUGGGAAGCUAGAGGCACCAUCAACCUGGCACACGAGCGGAGGCGGCGGACGUCUGUGAACGCUCGCUGGGUGCCCGGGAGGACACCAGAAAGCUGUCACGGCCCGGUGCCUCACGCCCACCCGCACAGCCCUGACCCCCGGGCCCCCGCAGACCCGUGCUGGCACUGCCUGCUGCCAAGCGUUUCCGCCUGGUGGGGCAUGGGCUUGCGUAGUAAGGCCGAGGCCGACAGAGGCCCAGGAUCCGAAUCGGUGCCAGAGGGGCGAAGGGAGGAAGGGCCGGCCAGGAGGAGGUAAUGGAGGAGUCAGCGGCGAGGUGGCUGGGAAGGAGAGGAAUGCUGCUCGCUGUCCCCCUCUGGUGGCCGCCGAGGCGCCCGCAGGGACCUGGCUGGAGAGUAGGAGGAGCCCCGCGGGCUGGGAAGGGGCGAACAGCCCCCGGUGCCUCCUUUUGUGCGUUUCCGGACCCCUGCGUGGGCCCCGCUGCCCUACCCCUCGACAGAGGACCUGGGAACCCCGCUGUCAGCUCUGUAUCUGCCCCCCAGCUCCCUCCUCUGCCCGUUCCCAGUCCAGCCCCCCAGAGCUCAGGAAGGCCGUGGCGGGGCGUCCCCAUGUCCCCAGGCUUCCUCAGUGUAGGGAGGAAGCUGCUAAUUAAAAGC